UACUUUACCAUUCAAUAUCUUCCUUUCUCUUACCUGCUAAACCUCCGUCCACCCCAUCUAAACAAACGCUCAGGGUCGACCAAUUUGGGAAUUGGAUACUUUAACCUAAAACCCUCUCUGUUUCGCAGUCUUGGAUUCAUCCUUAUAUCACAAAGCUUCGAUUUACAGUGAAGGUCGAAAUGAAAAAAUCCGAUAAAGAAAUUGCCGUUUCAAGCAAUACCCAGUUUGUGGAAAGCGAAGAAGAUAUUGAAUCAUCGUCUUCUUCUUCAGAGGAAGAUGAGAGCGAUAUAGAGAGAGAAAUCGCAGAUGCUACGUUUGAGGAGCUGCAAAAGGUAAGGUCUGAUGGGUCUUGUUCAGUUUAUCGAAAGCCCAAGCAAGAUAAAAAGUCUGGGAGAGCUAACAAAAAUAGGCCAAUGGAGGCUAGUUGCAAGAAGCCCGUGAGUCGGUUUCGAGAGGUUGUUCAAGCUCCUAAAAAGGUGGUACGUGAUCCCCGCUUUGAGUCUUUGUGUGGUAAUCUUGAUGUUGAGGGGUUUAGGAAAAGGUACAAUUUUCUAUUUGAGAACAACCUUCCUGCUGAAAGAGAGGAAUUGAAGAAGCAAUUGAAGAAAUCCAAUGAUCCAAAAGUUAUUGAUCAAUUGAAGAACCGUAUAUCUUGGAUUGAUAAACAAUUAAAGUUUGAGUCGACAAAACAUAUUGAUGCAGCGAUACUGGCUGAGCACAAGAAGAAAGAGAGAGAAGCAGCAAAGCAAGGGAAAAAGCCCUUCUAUAUGAAGAAAUCUGAAAUACGGAAGCAAAGGCUAAUUAAGGAAUUCACCAAACUUAAGGAAUCUGGCAAGCUUGAAUCUUUCAUCGAGAAACGGAGGAGGAAGAAUGCUUCAAAGGACCACAGAUACAUGCCAUACCGCAGGCCCAGCAAUACCGAGCAACAAGGCUAAAGAAUUUGCAAAUAUUUGGUUGUUGGAAAGAUGUACAAUUUUUGUUCGUCAAAGUUAAAUCUUUGUCAUAUGAGAGUAAAUUUAUGAUGAUUGAGUGCAUGAUGCAUCUGGGUUUGAUGGUGCUUUUCUUUUCAGAGUUCUGGAGUAGCUAAUACAUUCCAUUUCAACCAAUGAAUUUUCUUUUGAGAGUUGCUGAUCAACAGAAAAAAAUAAAAAAGGGAAACAAUAUUUUGUAGGAA